CGCUGGGCCGACGCGGGCCCGGGAGCCCCCGGGAAUCUCAGGGAACCGUGCAUGGCGCGCGCCGGGCGACGCGGAGCCGAGUGGCGCUGGCCGCUGGCGCUGGCGCUGCUGGGGCUGGCGGCGACCCUGAGCGCGUCCCCGACGUCGGGGCGCCACUGGCCAGUGCCCUACAAACGCUUCUCUUUCCGUCCGAAGCCAGAUCCCUACUGUCAAGCUAAGUAUACCUUCUGUCCUACUGGCUCUCCCAUCCCGGUGAUGAAGGACAAUGACAUCAUCGAAGUCUUAAGACUACAAACCCCUGUCUGGGAAUUUAAAUAUGGAGACCUCCUGGGACACUUUAAGAUUAUGCACGAUGCUCUCGGAUUCAGGAAUACCCUGACUGGCGAGAAGUACACAAUGGAAUGGUAUGAGCUGUUUCAGCUUGGCAACUGUACAUUCCCUCACCUUCGACCUGAGAUGGAGGCUCCCUUCUGGUGUAACCAAGGAGCGGCCUGCUUUUUUGAAGGAAUUGAUGAUAAGCACUGGAAGGAAAAUGGGUCAUUAACUCUAGUCGCGACCAUGUCAGGGAACACAUUUAACAAAAUGGCAGAGUGGGUGAAACAGGACAAUGAAACAGGUAUUUACUAUGAGACAUGGACCGUCCAGGCCAGCCCAGGAAAAGGGGUGGAGACAUGGUUUGAAUCCUACGACUGUUCAAAAUUUGUGUUAAGAACAUAUGAGAAAUUGGCUGAAUUUGGAGCAAAAUUCAAGAAGAUAGAAACAAACUAUACAAGAAUAUUUCUUUACAGUGGAGAACCUACUUACUUGGGAAAUGAAACAUCUAUUUUUGGGCCAAAAGGAAACAAGACUCUGGCUUCAGCCAUAAGAAAAUUUUAUGCCCUCUUCAAACCACAUCUGUCAACUAAAGAAUUUCUGUUGAGUCUCUUGAAAAUUUUUGAUUCAGUGAUUAUGCACAGAGAGUUCUACCUGUUUUAUAACUUUGAAUAUUGGUUUCUACCUAUGAAAUUCCCCUUUGUCAAAAUAACAUAUGAGGAAAUUCCUUUGCCUACCAGACACACACUUCCCAGCUUGUAACCCUUCCCUUCCGCUGCGUCCACCCGCCCCACCCACCCAUUCUCUUCCAGGGGUGUUUUACAUUGUGUCUUCUUCACUUUCCCUCCUUGGGGCAGCAAUAUGAAGUGCAGUAUACUGACAUUUCACGACUCUUAGAAAGCACCAGAAACCAUAAUUGUAUUGGCCAGAGUAAAUGUGUUGUUUUUUUUUUUUUUGGGGGGGGGGUUGAGACAGGUUUUCUCUGUAUUGCUUUGGAAGUUAUCCUGGAACUCACUCUGUAGACCAGGCUGGCCUCGAACUCACAGAGAUCCGCCCGCCUCUGCCUUCUGAGUACUGGGAUUAAAGUUGUGUGGAAAUCUUGAUUUUAUUUAGAAUCAGUUGAUCUCAGCCAUGGAGUUCUUUGAUCCCAAUGCUGACAUUUUUCUAGGGCUAUCUUUUCUGUUAUGGUAGUGCUGUUUCUUAGUUUAAGGGCUUUUUGGUCAUCUAAAAGGUUUUUUUUGUUAUAGCUGUUGUUACUUUGGGGUCCAGGUCUGACUGCUUUCUGUUCAUAUAACCUUAAAAACUUGACCGGACUUCAUUACUGGAGUAGUGCCUCUGGACAUGGUAAAUACAGUAUUAAAGAGCAGAAUGUCUGUAGUCACUGAGACUCUGAGCUGACAGACGGUACAUAUUGCUUCAGCAGUUCUUCAGUAUGGGCCAUGACGUACUUGGCUGCAGACAUGGCUGGGUGAAGUAUACUUCUGACUUCUCGUAUGUGCCCCCUGGUUCUUCACCCACUAACAAGGCUAGCACAGUGGAAGAGGGUACAUUUUCCUGGAAAAGAUGGAAUUUUGUCAAGGAUCUUCAAAGCACUAUGCCUGUAUUAGGAGCAUUAGACAGGUUCUCAAAGAUGUAUUUAUCAGUUAAACCAUUUCUUUUCUUUUGUUCUUUUUCCCUAUUCAUAAACACACUAGCACGAUAAUGGGAAAAAAGUCUAUUUAAUAUGCAAAUGUGCCAUUACUCAGUUUCACCUAAUAUUUGAGUGCUCUUGAGAGGUUAGUACACUACUGUUGAGCUAUCAUAGAAAGCCUCAUUAUUAUCUGCUGGCCCAGCGCAUUAAGUCAGGGCUUAGCAAGAUUAAGUGACCUGGAACUGUGUUUUCACUCAAGCUAUGCUGAAUGCAUGGAUACACUGGAUGAUUCUCAGUAGUAUUCAGUCUGUGGCCUUUAGACCAGUAUCUGUGCACCAAAUGUUACCAGUCAGACCAGUAUCUGUGCACCAAAUGUUACCCGUCUGUGUUGUUUCUGUUCACUCUAAUAAAAACAAAACACAAAAACUA